AGUCUCCGGAGGCGUGACACACCCUCCCGCGCGCUCUCGCGUUACCAAGUCUGCGCAGCCGCACACCCCCAGUCCCGGCGGGCCCCGCGCGCCAGGCUCCUUCCCGACAGGCCCCAGGAGCCCCGCUGCAUGCCGGGGCUUGAGGUCUCGGCGAAGCGGCGCGGCGCGCGUGGCAGGAAGCGGAAGCGAUCCGAGGCCCGGCCCCGGCCCCGGCCCCGCCCCGCGUCGCGCCGUGCCGCUUGCCGCCGGGCUAGCACUGACGUGUCUCUCGGCGGAGCUGCUGUGCGGUGGAACGCGCUGGGCCGCGGGCAGCGUCGCCUCACGCGGAGCAGAGCUGAGCUGAAGCGGGACCCGGAGCCCGAGCAGCCGCCGCCAUGGCAAUCAAAUUUCUGGAAGUCAUCAAGCCCUUCUGUGUCAUCCUGCCGGAAAUUCAGAAGCCAGAGAGGAAGAUUCAGUUUAAGGAGAAAGUGCUGUGGACCGCUAUCACCCUCUUUAUCUUCUUAGUGUGCUGCCAGAUUCCCCUGUUUGGGAUCAUGUCUUCAGAUUCAGCUGACCCUUUCUAUUGGAUGAGAGUGAUUCUAGCCUCUAACAGAGGCACAUUGAUGGAGCUAGGGAUCUCUCCUAUUGUCACGUCUGGCCUUAUAAUGCAACUCUUGGCUGGCGCCAAGAUAAUUGAAGUUGGUGACACCCCAAAAGACCGAGCUCUCUUCAACGGAGCCCAAAAGUUAUUUGGCAUGAUCAUUACUAUCGGCCAGUCUAUCGUGUAUGUGAUGACCGGGAUGUAUGGGGACCCUUCUGAAAUGGGUGCUGGAAUUUGCCUGCUAAUCACCAUUCAGCUCUUUGUUGCUGGCUUAAUUGUCCUACUUUUGGAUGAACUCCUGCAAAAAGGAUAUGGCCUUGGCUCUGGUAUUUCUCUCUUCAUUGCAACUAACAUCUGUGAAACCAUCGUAUGGAAGGCAUUCAGCCCCACCACUGUCAACACUGGCCGAGGAAUGGAAUUUGAAGGUGCUAUCAUCGCACUUUUCCAUCUGCUGGCCACACGCACAGACAAGGUCCGAGCCCUUCGGGAGGCGUUCUACCGCCAGAAUCUUCCCAACCUCAUGAAUCUCAUCGCCACCAUCUUUGUCUUUGCAGUGGUCAUCUAUUUCCAGGGCUUCCGAGUGGACCUGCCAAUCAAGUCGGCCCGCUACCGUGGCCAGUACAACACCUAUCCCAUCAAGCUCUUCUAUACGUCCAACAUCCCCAUCAUCCUGCAGUCUGCCCUGGUGUCCAACCUUUAUGUCAUCUCCCAAAUGCUCUCAGCUCGCUUCAGUGGCAACUUGCUGGUCAGCCUGCUGGGCACCUGGUCGGACACGUCUUCUGGGGGCCCAGCACGUGCUUAUCCAGUUGGUGGCCUUUGCUAUUACCUGUCCCCUCCAGAAUCUUUUGGCUCCGUGUUAGAAGACCCGGUCCAUGCAGUUGUAUACAUAGUGUUCAUGCUGGGCUCCUGUGCAUUCUUCUCCAAAACAUGGAUUGAGGUCUCAGGUUCCUCUGCCAAAGAUGUUGCAAAGCAGCUGAAGGAGCAGCAGAUGGUGAUGAGAGGCCACCGAGAGACCUCCAUGGUCCAUGAACUCAACCGGUACAUCCCCACAGCCGCGGCCUUCGGUGGGCUGUGCAUCGGGGCCCUCUCGGUCCUGGCUGACUUCCUGGGCGCCAUUGGGUCUGGAACCGGGAUCCUGCUCGCAGUCACAAUCAUCUACCAGUACUUUGAGAUCUUCGUUAAGGAGCAAAGCGAGGUUGGCAGCAUGGGGGCCCUGCUCUUCUGAGCCCGUCUCCCGGACAGGUUGAGGAAGCUGCUCCAGAAGCGCCUCGGAAGGGGAGCUCUCAUCAUGGCGCGUGCUGCUGCAGCAUAUGGACUUUUGUUUAAUAAUGUUUUUGAAUUUUGUAUUCUUUCAUUCCACUGUGUAAAGUGCUAGACAUUUUCCAAUUUAAAAUUUUGCUUUUUAUCCUGGCAUUGGCAAAAAGAACUGUGAAAGUGAAAUUUUAUUCAGCUGACUGCCAGAGAAGUGGGAAUGGUAUAGGAUUGUCCCCAAGUGUCCAUGUAAUUUUUGUUUUAACCUUUGCACCUUCUCAGUGCCGUAUGCGGCUGCAGCCGUCUCACCUGUUUCCCCACAAAGGGAAUUUCUCACUCUGGUUGGAAGCACAAACACUGAAAUGUCUACAUUUCAUUUUGGCAGUAGGGUGUGAAGCUGGGAGCAGAUCAUGUAUUUCCCGGAGACGUGGGACCUUGCUGGCAUGUCUCCUUCACAAUCAGGCGUGGGAAUAUCUGGCUUAGGACUGUUUCUCUCUAAGACACCAUUGUUUUCCCUUAUUUUAAAAGUGAUUUUUUUAAGGACAGAACUUCUUCCAAAAGAGAGGGAUGGCUUUCCCAGAAGACACUCCUGGCCAUCUGUGGAUUUGUCUGUGCACCUAUUGGCUCUUCUAGCUGACUCUUCUGGUUGGGCUUAGAGUCUGCCUGUUUCUGCUAGCUCCGUGUUUAGUCCACUUGGGUCAUCAGCUCUGCCAAGCUGAGCCUGGCCAAGCUAGGUGGACAGACCCUUGCAGUGAUGUCCGUUUGGCCAGAUUCUGCCAGUCAUCACUGGACACGUCUCCUCGCAGCUGCCCUAGCAAGGGGAGACAUUGUGGUAGCUAUCAGACAUGGACAGAAACUGACUUAGUGCUCACAAGCCCCUACACCUUCUGGGCUGAAGAUCACCCAGCUGUGUUCAGAAUUUUCUUACUGUGCUUAGGACUGCACGCAAGUGAGCAGACACCACCGACUUCCUUUCUGCGUCACCAGUGUCGUCAGCAGAGAGAGGACAGCACAGGCUCAAGGUUGGUAGUGAAGUCAGGUUCGGGGUGCAUGGGCUGCGGUGGUGUUGAUCAGUUGCUCCAGUGUUUGAAAUAAGAAGACUCAUGUUUAUGUCUGCAAUAAGUUCUGUUUGUGCUGACAGGUGGCCUAGGUCCUGGAGAUGAGCACCCUCUCUCUGGCCUUUAGGGAGUCCCCUCUUAGGACAGGCACUGCCCAGCAGCAAGGGCAGCAGAGUUGGGUGCUAAGAUCCUGAGGAGCUCGAGGUUUCGAGCUGGCUUUAGACAUUGGUGGGACCAAGGAUGUUUUGCAGGAUGCCCUGAUCCUAAGAAGGGGGCCUGGGGGUGCGUGCAGCCUGUCGGGGAGACCCCACACUGACAGUGGGCACACGGCAGCCUGCAAAGCACAGGGCCACCGCCACAGCCCGGCAGAGGGGCACACUCUGGAGACCUUGCUGGCAGUGCUAGCCAGGAAACAGAGUGACCAAGGGACAAGAAGGGACUUGCCUAAAGCCACCCAGCAACUCAGCAGCAGAACCAAGAUGGGCCCCAGGCUCCUCCAUAUGGCCCAGGGCUUACCACCCUAUCACACGUGGCCUUGUCUAGACCCAGUCCUGAGCAGGGGAGAGGCUCUUGAGACCUGAUGCCCUCCUACCCACAUGGUUCUCCCACUGCCCUGUCCGCUCUGCUGCUACAGAGUGGCAGGGCCUCCCCCAGCCCACGCUUAGCAAUGCUUGGCCUCUGGCAGGCAGGCAGGCAGCUGUACCCAAGCUGGUGGGCAGGGGGCUGGAGGGUGCCAGGCCUCAGGAGGAGCCCCAUAGUCCUGCCUGCAGCCUGUAACCAUCAGCUGGGCCCUGCAAGGCCCACACUCACGCCCUGUGGGUGAUGGUCACGGUGGGUGGGUGGGGGCUAACCCCAGCUUCCAGGGGACUGUCACUGUGGACGCCAAAAUGGCAUAACUGAGAUAAGGUGAAUAAGUGACAAAUAAAGCCAGUUUUUUACAAGGUA